AUGACUUAUCAAAAGCACUUGGCGGAACAAUGGACUGCUCAAGUUUUGAUAUCUUGUACCCCGCUGACUGGCACUGAACACACUUGCGAGAUCAGUUUAAACCAAUCCACUGGACUGAUAGAUGUGACACAAGCAGAUUAUAAGAAUCUAAAUUGCGAUUGGAAAAUUGGCAAUUUUGGAAUAACGGACGCGGUUGCCCUUUUUCUAUUCGACCAAACUGCCUUUGUUUCUUGCAGCGAGUAUGUGAAGAUUUUCAGUGGCGAUGGAACCCUCGAAUAUCACAAGGAAGGUUGUUGUCCCAACGAUCCAGGAUCCUUUGUUGAAAUUCCUUUUAUGCAAUCCGAAAAAAUCAAAGCUAAUAUUUUAUUGACUGAACCACAAAGCCGCAUAACAUCCCACUUUGUGAUAUUAAAAUAUGGCCUCCAUUCAGCUACUUAUACUCCUGGCUGGCUAGCGUCAGUAGAAAAUAUCGCAAGCUCAAGUAUUUUAAUUCAGUGGAAUAACCUAACCAGCUUUAUAAAUCGAGAACUACUUCACUACAUCGUCCUUCUCUCAUCCUCCGAUGGAAGCGCUCCAUACUAUGCUAAUGUCGAUGGAAGUAGACUAGAUAUAGAAAUUUAUGGACUGGACCAUUCACAAAGGUAUCAUAUGGAAGUGUUUGGAGUGGACGCACUUGGCUAUUCUUACAAGACUCUAGAAGUGAACGCUACCACGAAAAAUGUGUCAUGCGGAUAUCGACCAAGUGGUAUGCGUAUUGUUGGUGGGUCAGUCGCCCCAAUCAAUAGCUGGCCCUGGCAGGCGAUGCUGCGGAACGGUUAUGGUUGGCAGUUUUGCGGUGGUAGUUUGAUACAUCCGUUCUGGGUUGUCACGGCCGCUCACUGCGUACAUGGAAAUUCCGCGUCGUCGGUGAAAGUCCUAUUGGGGGCACAUUACAAAUCUUAUGGCAAUGUCAGCACAGAGCAAAAUUUGGAUGUUAUAAAAAUAAUUGAACAUGAAAGCUACAAUAGACCAUACCGUUGGAGCAACGAUAUAGCUCUAUUACGGUUAUCAAAACCGGCUAAGCUUGGAAAAGGAGUUGGGCUUGUUUGCCCUCCGGAUACGAGUUUUCAACUUCCUUUCGAUAGUCCUAACAAGAAGUGCUGGAUAACUGGCUGGGGAAGACUUUCGUACAAUGGAACCUAUCCCAACGAGUUGAUGCAAGCUGAGUUACCUUUGGUAUCAAAAAAGCGUUGUCUUACGUCAUACCCAGGUAAAAUCGAUGACUCUAUGAUAUGCGUUGGCCAAGAUGAAGGUGGAAUAGGUGGUUGCUUUGGCGACAGCGGCGGACCACUUGUGUGUGAGUUCAGUGGUAAAUGGUAUCUGGAGGGAGCUGCUAGUUGGGGAAGCAAACGCUGCGCAGACCCAUUGAAAUACACUGUAUAUGCCAACAUUCGCCAUUUAAAGUCGUGGAUAACAAGCAAGAUGUCCUCUUUCCCUGUUACGGCGUUUUACCUAUCAUGCAAUUUUGACAAUAGUCUGUGUUCGGGCUGGGAGCAGUCUUACUCAGAUGCUUUCGACUGGACACGACAUCGGGGUUCAACUCCAUCUGGGUCCACAGGACCAUCCUAUGACCACACUAGUGGAUCAGGAUACUAUAUGUACAUCGAGGCAUCGUCCCCUCGAGUUAUAGAUGAUAAAGCAAAGCUUGAACUCUCCCUAUGCGGAAAUGGAGAUGAGGCUUGUCUUACAUUCUACUAUCACAUGUACGGAGACACUACGGGGACCCUAAAUGUCUUCAGUGGAAGUAAGGUUGUAUUCAGUGCCUCAGGAAACAAAGGAAACUAUUGGCAGAAAGCCGAACGAAAUAUUUAUUUGGACAAAGUUGUCACGUUUGAGGGGAUAGUAGGAUCAUCUUUUAAGGGAGACAUUGCCAUUGAUGACGUUUCGAUUAAGAGAGGAAGCUGUCUUACAUCACCAGAUGAUUCUCCAACAACCAAGGGGAAUUUUACGUCGACCCACGUGGUGACUUACAAUCCGACUGCUAUUCCUCGCACUCCAUCGGCAAAGGAAAUACAGGAAGCAGUAAUGUUAAAAAUGACAAAUUUUGAAAUGAAGAAGUGGAAGGAGAUGGAAGCAGACUUUAAACGAGAAGUUGCAAGUGCAGCUAAUAAAUAUUGUGCAAAUGGAGGAGCAUCCUGUCAAACAAGUCUUCGUCGGAGACGAUCAUCUGAUAGCAUGAACUUCUCAGACGAUAUGGUUCAGAUUGUCCCUGGUUACCCAAGGCUGUCACCGGACGAUCCAAGCAUAACUUUGUUGGCUUUCUACCUACAACUUCCUGGAGGUGUAGGAGAUAAUUUGGUCAGCGAAGAUGUCCUGAAAAACAUCGUGAAAAGCGAUAUAAAAUCUAUUGAAGGGUCGAUGGGUGUUAGCAUCACAACUGUUCAGUCAAUGCCAUCCACAAAGAAUGAAGUAGAUCAAGAAGAUGAGACAGAUGACGAAGGAUCAAUCUCAACCUCGGUUAUUGUGGGUGCUACCCUUGGAUCCCUGUCCUUUCUGGGGAUUCUCAUCGCUGUCAACUUGUUUAUCAAAUCUAAUAGGUACAAGAGUCUCUUUUAA